AUGUUGUCUACUCUCUCUUUCUGUAUCCGCUGUGCUCUGUUUCUCUCCCUCUCGUUCCAUUCUUUUUCUUCUGUCCCACAGAUCAGUUCACUGAUUCCAGCGACUCUACUACGGGCGAUGAUGAUGACGGCGAUGACGGCGACUGCGCUGCGCCGUGAGGUGUGCGCCCUGUUGUCCCUCGCGCUGUUGUGCUGCUGCGCUUCUGUGUGCGUGGCGGCUGCGACGGGGGCUGCUGUACAUUCAAAUGGUUUGUAUUUCGGAGGGCCUGCCGUGAACGUGUCGUUGGAGAUCUCGUGUGCGGACAGUAACAAGAAGUUGCAAUGGCGCUUCCCCGGCCAGACAAAUUGGACUAAGUGUGCGCUCCCACAGGGUGCUCAUGACUACAAUGUUGAUACGAAGGACACUGCAGGCUAUAAUGUGGAUGCAUCUUACAGUGACCAUGAUGUUGAUGUUGUUGUUUUUGAUACGGUAAGUGAGGAUUCCGGCCGUGUCAGUGAGUUACUGUGCCUCUCGGCCGAACAGAUGUACGUGGCUGCAAAAUGUAAUGAAUCCUGCACUUCAUCUAAUUCGGAUGCAACCGCGUUUACGAUGGAAUAUCCGACGAGUAACGCCAGUGGUGUGUACAAGGAGUGGAAAGCAAAAACAAAAGAGAAUUCUAAUCAUGCUGCUGCGGUUAGCACCUCAGGCAUCUGUCAGUUAAAAACUACUGUUGAAGGGACACCUGAGAAGGUCAACAGUGGACUUCAUGAGGCCGCUGCAGCGGCGUCGGCAGCACAAGUGCCAGCAGUGGAGGCACCCGCAGCGGGGCAGGCUGCAGGCAGUUCGAGUUCGGCUGCGAGUGGGGCCUCAUCAUCGGCAGAGAAUAUUGAGCAGGGGAUAUCCUCAGCGGGCCCAAAACCCGGCAACACUUCGCAGCUGCCAACAGGCGAAGGGGUUGGCAGAACGGAUGCAUCCGGGACGACGCAAACACCCUCAGCCACUCCCGCCAGCGGCAAUGGUGGGGCCUCCGGUGCCGCCUCACAGUCCGGCAACCCGACAUAUACGAGGGAGGCCAACAACAGUGCCACCACCGGAGCGCAGGAUCCCGGCACGUCGGACGGCAGCGCCAUCGCCACUGCGUGGGUGCACACACCACUGCUGCUGCUGCUGACCGCCCUUGCAUGUGCCGCUGGGCAGCGGUGCGGAGCAGCCACACAAGAAUGA